AUGGACCCGAUUUCUAUCACCGGUCUUGUAAUAGAGGUCAGCCAUGUGCUAUCGAGCCUGAUCAGAUAUGCCAAAACGGUGCAGACGGCGAAGUCCGAAGUGCGAAAACUCAGCGAAGAGCUCUUUGCUUUAAAGGGGAUCUUGGAGCACCUGACGGCCCAGAUGAAUGAUACCCCUAUAUGGGAGAAAUCAGAAACAAGCCCGUUUGACCGCGAUGUCAUGGCGAGAGUGUUGCAUACAACAAAUGAGUUCCUCCAAUCCUUACUCAUGGACUUGGAAGCAGCGGAGACCAAGUUCAAGCGCCUCAAGCAAAAUCUGAAAUGGCCCUUUACUCAGACGCAAGUCAGUGAGCAUCUGGUCCGCCUAGAAAGAGUCAAAUCCUGGUUGAUACUAGUUCUCAUUGCAGACCAUAAAUCUGUGGAUCGGGAGAUGCAGCAUGAGAUUCGUGAUCUGACAAACACAUUGAAGGAAGACUUACAGAUUCGAGCUCAAGAGCGGAAUCAAUAUGCUAACAGAGAGCUCCUGCAAUGGAUAGCUCCUGUGAACCCCGAAAGCUCUCAUCUACGAGCGUCAAAAAGACAUAAAAUUGGGACUGGUAGAUGGUUUGUCGAUGGUCAUUUAAAGACGUUUCUCAACCAAGACGAAAAUCGGGCUUUCUUCCUCUGGGGAAAAUCCGGAACUGGAAAAUCUACACUGUUUGCGCAAGUUGCCGACGAACUUACUUAUAUGGCUUCUCAGGGCCAAUCCAUGUGUGUCGCUUAUUUCUAUUGUACAAUCAGCGAUUUUGCAUCUCAGAACGCAAGAAAUGUUCUAGGAUCACUUGUGGCACAGCUGUCGAGCACAAUUCCUUCAAUCUUGGAUGAGAUUCGCUCUGUAUACAAGAAAGGUCCAAAGAAUCAAGCGCACAGGUUCCCUAUCGAAUUAUCUGUUCUCGAAGCAGCCAUCGCCACGUCUGCUUCUGAAAAGACAAAAAUCGUCCUUCUGGUUGAUGCAAUCAACGAAAGCCAUGACAUGCAACUUCUUGAAGCAUCUCUUCUCAGGCUUGCCAGCCUAUCCACGAACAUCCGUGUGCUUCUAACCACGACAAGCACCAUGAGUUCCAUCAAGCACCCCUAUGUAUAUGUCUUAAACAUAAGCGGAAAAUCGCGAGGGGACAUUGGUACCUUUGUCAAACACCGACUCCAGACUGAUAGUACGUUGAGAAAUUUGGCACCAGAAUUCCAAGCGGAGAUUGAAUUUACUCUUCUUCGAAAUGCCGAUGGAUCAUUCCGCUGGGUCCAGCUCUCAUUGGACAACCUGAGCACGCAGCGAUCUGUGAGAGCGAUGCGACAGGCCCUGAAAACCCUCCCAGGGACCUUGCGCGAAACAUAUGCAAACAUGUUGGAAAGAAUUGCUCCUGAUGAUUGGAAGAUUGUUCACGAGGCCCUCUUUUGGCUCAGUUUCACCAAACGGCCUCUUACCUUGAGGAGUCUCAACGAAAUUGUGGCUAUGGACGAGACAAGCAUAACACUUGAGAAGGACAUGAUGCUUGUCCCUCCACACAUUCUUCUUGAAAUUUGCCAAGGGCUCAUCACCGAAGACAAAGAUGGUAAUCUCAAUCUGGCGCAUGCGUCUGUUAAGGAUUUUCUGACAUCUGAUUGGAUUCGGUCAUCUCGAGUCCAAUUUUUUGCCCUGGAUCCUACAACUGCAGACCUGAAAGCCAUGCACAGUUGUCUCACGUACCUGUGCCUCGACAAUUUCGCACAGGGAUACCUAACAAGUCCCGACAACCCAGCCAAAGUACGAGAAAAUCAUCCCUUCAUGAAUUAUGCCACAAACUUCUGGCCCCAACAUGCUGCUGCUUGCGGCUUUGGGGGCCCCGAGCAUGAAAUGAUCCAUAGAUUCUUUGCCACAAGGUCUCUUCCCGGUCGGGGCAAUUAUGGCGCAUGGAUGCAGGCGUUGUUGCAGACAAGCGCCGAGUCAAAUAGGAGUGAUACAGUGGCCAUUGACGGGACGCAUCCUCUAUACUACGCCGCCUCGUUUGGUAUGAUUCCAGUCGUCCAGUCUAUUCUCGCAACCGAGCCAGACAUCGAUAUCAAUGCCCCUGGUGGACGGAUUGGGGCCACACCGGUGUGGAUUGCUAGUCUUCGCUUCAACUUUGAGGUCGUGGAUAUCCUCCUGCGUGCUGGAGCUAAUCCAUCUAUCCGGGAUCCAGGUAGCGGGCUUAAUGUGCUUGAUCUUUUGAGGAUGGUGCCGACCCGUCAUCGAAGCUACCAUGGCCUUCGUCCCAUUUUGGACCGCCCAGCACCUUGGAAGGAUCAGUGGAAAGGACAAGGUGGAGACCAGUGCAUUUUGUCGGAAAUUGCUUAG